AUGCAUCUGGGCAAGCUCUCGCUGCUUGCUCUUGGAGCAGCAACCGCCAACGCAUUCCGGGACACCUCCCCCUUUUUCCUGGCCUCGACAUCCGAGAUCCUCGCCCCUUCAGCCCGACUGAAAACCGCCACAUCGCUGCUAGAGGACCUUUCCUCCCAGCUCGGCUCCUGCCCUUCGGACUACUAUGUCAUCGCCUCUCAACCCGGUGUGCAUAGCACUGAUUUCUCCACUCGCAAGUCCGCACCCCGCCUCGGCGCGAAGAUGACGGGGAAGGAUAAGGACAUUCGUUCGACGAUGACAAUCCAUGAUGUUGUUGGCGUACUGGACGCGAAGCAGAUUCAGAACGUUCUUGAGCGGGAGUGCGGCGCACAAUCUACAGUCGUCGAUGGGUCUUCUGGCUCUUAUCCUUCGGAUCUGGGCACUGCCCCCCGCGUUCUAUUCAUUGAUUUCCCCAUUCUUCCCUCGGGAUCUGAUCGGGCCCAGCAACUUUCAGACAAUGAUGGACUUCUAUCCGACAUCAUUGAGCGGCUCCCCGAAACAAAGCAAUACUCUAUCCUAUAUGUUACAUCGCCAAGGGAGUUUGACGAAUCCGAUUCUAGCCUCUACCAAUCAGAGGGGAACUCUUAUCAGGAUCCCAUCCAUAUGGAUCUGAAGCGUGACUACUCGGUGAAAGCUCGUCAGGAUGGGGCCGCCUCCAACAAAUCCUUGUUCCAGGAAUACCAGUACUUCACGCCCGGUCUCUUCAUGGGGUUGAUCGCUUCCUUCGUCUUUCUGAUCAUCCUGUAUGUUGGUCUUAGUGCUCUCACUAGUUUGCAGGUCCCCUACGCCGCCUUCGAGAAGGAUACUUCGUCGGCUGUGCAGAAGAAACAGCAGUGA